AUGAAAGUCUUAAUAAUUUUAUUAUUACUAUCCAUAGUAUUAACCAAACCUUUAUACGACCACAACAGAUCAUAUGUAUAAAGAAUAACCCAAUUAAAUUUCCAAAAGCAAGUCUAAAAGCUCCGGGACACAUCCAAAUAUGUAUCAAUAAUACAUUUUUACAAACACUCUGAUGGACAUUCCCCUAAAUUUGCUAAAGAUCUCGAUUAAUUCUCCUCUGAAUAUAGAGGAGUAUUUAAAAUCGGAGCUGUAGAUUGUGAUGCUGAUUCGAAUAUUUGUGAGAAAGAAAGAAUAACUUAAUUCCCUACUGUAAGAGUUUAUCCCCCAACUCCUUUACCAUCUGUAGACGUUGAAGUUCCUUCCCGUGAAUUAAACACAUAGGCCGUUUUGAAAUUAAGUGCGAGAUAUCUACAUGAUAAUUCAGUAGAAAUAACUAGUGCAAACAUCGAUACAUUCGUAAAAGAACAUGAGGCUGUUCCAAAAGUAUUAUUGUUCACAGAUAAAACAGGCAAUCCUAUUAUUUAUAAAGCACUUUCUGUUUCUUUUGAAGGCAAAUUAUUUUUGGGUAUUGUAAGACAUACAGAAGAAUUAGUAGUUUAAAAAUAUAAUAUUAGAAAAUUCCCAUCUGUUAUAGUUUUAAUAAAUACAGAAAAAAAACCAAUUAUAUAUAAAGGAGAAAUGAAAUAUUAACCCAUCUUUGAAUUCUUAAACGUCUAUUCGUAAACUUUUGUACCAGGAGGUAAUCAAGAAAGUUCAGCGACUAAACCUUGGUUAAGUGAAGUUGUUCCUGAAAUUCAUAUUAAAUCUAAUAGAGAUAUCUGUCUGGGAUAAGAAGGUAUACUUUGUGUUGUUUUAUUAAGCUCAGGUAGACCUUAGUAGAAAUAAAUUGAUGUACUUAAGAAUUUACAUUAGUUAUAUGAUAGAAAAAUCGAAAGGGGUAUCUAAUAUAAGUUCAUGUGGCUUGAUUGUUCUAUAGAAUAAAAAUGGGCAGUGUUAUUUGGAUUUGAAAAUAAACCUAAAGUUGUUAUCAUUAAUCCAGGAAAAAGAAAAAGAUUUAUUGAUCAUGAAGGAGAUCUUACUGUUAAUGAAUUAUAAAAAACAUUCGAUAAAAUAAAUGGAGGUGAUGCUAGAUUUAAAAGAUUAGCGGAUAGUUAAAUUCCUGAUUUUAGUAUAAGAAAAGAUUUAUGA